AUGCUGUUCACUUCAUCAGACCUCACUAUCGAGGCGCACGUUGAGAUCGACGGGAAACCGCUCAACGAGUACAGGCCUACAUGUGUCAGAGAUCCCAGAUAUGGGGUCGAGAAUGGGCUGUGCGAGUCUCUGCUGGAGUGCGAGCUCGGCAAGACUUUCCGCGUCACUCUGAAGUCCCCAUUAGGCAUGAUCAUGAUGCAGCCUGGACUGGCGGUCUACCUAUCCGUUGAUGGCCGGAGCGUAUCAGGGAGUCACUGGAAUAUGACACCCACGAUCUCGCUGGACAAGAUGAUAGCUAGCGAGAAUGGACAAACUUAUUCUGCUGAACUGCGCUUCGCAGAGCUCGAAAAAACGGAUGACUUGGCCGAGGUGGAGGUGAAGGGAGCAGAGCUGGAUGCCCUGUGCCGGAUCGAAGUCCUCAUCAUGCGCGGUACUCAGGGGACCGUUCGCCCACACGACUGGAAGCCGAUCAAGCCUGUUGGAAAGGUUCACGAGAAAGCUCUGAAACUUUUCUUUGUCUGUAUUUGA